UUGAUAGAAAAUAUAACUCACGUUUAUACAUAAUGUAACUUGCUAAAACGAGUCCAAAUGUAACUCGUGUACAUAAUGAUGUAAAUCACGGAUAAAGAAAUGUAACUCGGGAACAAAAAAAUGUAACUGGGUAUAUUUUCAAAUGUAACUUGAGCCUAAUCAAAAUAUAAUUUCUUCUUCUUUUCUUGCUUUAGACUUGAAAUCAAUUUCCAGUGUUAUAUCAUUCGUCCUGUUACUCCCCAAGAAUUGGCCAUAUACCAUCAGCAUAAUCUGAAUCUAUGAAUUGUCAUAGAUCCAUUUGCCUGAUCUGAUUCCCAUCUGUAUCCCCUUCACCCUCAUCCUCGAUGACCUUGUGGCAUGGUUUGGGAGUAAGAGUCUGGUGUCCGCUGUGGUGGUGAUUCAUGAUGCUGCGAUGGUGACGGAGCGCAAAUUAGAGGUAGAACAACGGCGGAAACGGUGGCGGUCUAUGGAUGGGAAGCGAGUUCGAGAAGGGGGCUCUCCUGGAUCUGGCGCUUCCAGGAAAGUGAAGAUAGGGAAGUGGUUCCUGGAGAUCCAAAGUGUAGAAGGAUAUGGGAUGACCAGACUGAAGAGGAUGCUGAUGGCGAAGGGAUGACUCUGGAUGGGCCAAAAAAAUGGGGAGGGGGCGGGUCAGGUCUCCUAGACUCGCCUUGUCUCUGUUGGGCGGCAGUGGGGAAGAAAACUUACAAUGAUGUUUUUAUUAUUGUCUGCUGUGGUUACUUUAAAUUAGAUUGCUUUGUUAUGUUUUGCUUUUGUGAUUUUAUUCCUUGUAAGACUCUUGCAUUAAGGUUGGAGGAGGGAAAGUCUGCAGUAACCGUCAUUGGCUUUAAGUUGCCCAAUUUUGGUCAAGCGAGUUAUACUGUUUUUUUACAGGUGGUUAGCUCUCAGUCUCGGCCAUGGGCGGAUGGUUAUUUGUGGUUCUUUUCUAGUUUGGUACCCUUGCUGAAUGCUAUUUUUAUGAAUUAAUAAGCCUUCU